AUGGCAUCCAAACGGAAGCGUUCCAACGAUGCCGACGAGAAGGAAAGAGACAGCACGCGUAACAAGCGCUUUGCAUAUCUACAACCGCGCGUUCGACGCAUCUCCGAAAGAACAAUCAAGUCUAGAUGGACUACCUUGCCUGAUUCUGCGCAGGCAAAGAUCCGCGACAUGCUCAGUUCUCUCGAACGGCCGGUUAUCAUGAGGCAGCGCAAUGAUCGCAAACGCGUGGGGACGCAGGCUGCCGUUCAAGCUGUUGUUAGGAAUCUAGGGAAGCGGCUCUCUAGAGUGCCAUUUCCUCCGGUUACCAAGGAUUCAAAUUUCGAAUACGAAGCUGUACUUGAUGAGCAUCGUUCCUUGAAAACACAGCUAGCUACAGUCACGGACAGCAUUGACCUUCUGAAAGCGGAAAUUGAGAGGGAAGAGGCGUUGCUCGCCAAUGAGACUAGGCAGUUUCAGGACUUGGAGAAAAAUGCCAAAGCGACAGAGACCGAAAGAAAACGGCAAAUGAAGAACGAACAUCCUGUACUCCAACGGCUCGACGAUCUAGCUCGAGAUAGCCAGGAUCAGAAUCCCCCGGCUGCAUAUGUCGUUGCAAAUACUAAAAAUAGCCCGAUGACCCUUUCUGAGCUUGGGGAUGAUCCGGACAUUACAAGGUUGAUCACCCAAUUACAAGACCAUCUGCAAUCAAUGCAGAGGAACGCAGCUCCCCUUAGCGGUCUCAGGAAUGCCAUUGCACGAUCGCAGGCGGCAUUAAACCUGUUUGAAAUGUCCGAAGACUGA